UGUUUUCACCCAAUAAUCAAAGUCGCUGCGAGUAAAACCAAAUUCUGAAUUUGGAAGGCGCUUUUCGUUUCGAGGAACAUCGUUACAAUCACAAACCCUAACUCGCGUCCUAGAUCUCUCUGUCUUCAAUCACAGACCUCUCUCUGGCGUGUUUGGAGUUUUAAUUUCAGUGGGUUGAUAUGUACAACGGAAUAGGAUUACAGACCCCAAGGGGGUCGGGUACGAAUGGGUACAUUCAGAGCAACAAGUUCUUUGUGAAGCCGAAGAUUUCAAAGGUUGCUGAGAACACGAAGGGGUUUGAGGCAGAUCAGGGCACUGCUGGUGUUACCAGGAAGCCCAACAAAGAGAUCCUCGAGCAUGAUCGCAAGCGUCAGAUUCAGCUCAAGCUUGUCAUUCUGGAAGACAAGCUCAUUGAUCAGGGCUACACUGAUGCUGAGAUUGCCGAGAAACUUGAGGAGGCUCGCCAGAAUUUGGAGGCUGCUGCCACUGAGGAAAAUGACGGAUCUGCUUCUGUAUCUGCAACAGAUAAGAAGGUUUCGGACACACAGACUCAUCAAAUUGCUGCUAGAAAGGAAAAGCAGAUGGAAGCAAUGAAAGCUGCUCUUGGCAUAGUAUCAUCUGAAGUCAAUGAAAUAAAUGCAGAUGGGAAUGAUGGGCUUGGAAAUGAUGGGAAAAAUGAUUCUAAUGCAGAGGGGAAACACAAUUCAAAGCCUGAACAUGCCUUUUUGGACAGAGAUUUCAGUCGGAAGAAACAAGUGGUUGAAGAUCAAAAGGAUGAAAAUGCUAAGAAGAAGGGUGUUAAAGAUACAAGGCACCACAAGAAGGUUGAAACUCGGCAGAAAAAGUAUGAAUUUGAUUCAUCUGAUUCAUCUGAUUCAGACAGCAGUUUGUAUGAUAAGAAGGGGGGAGGUAGAAGAAAACACAGUAAAGAGUAUUCAAGUAGUAGUGAUGAAUCUGAUUCUGAUAGUGAUGUUAAUAGGAAGUUCAAGGCUGAAAAGAAACGGAAGAUAACUAAGCAUCACAAGAAAGGUAGGGUGGAGGAUAGUGAUGAUACUGAUUCUACUUAUGAUUCUGAUGACAGCAAUAUUGUAAGAAAAAGUCAUAACAAGACAGAAAAGUCUCGUAAGAGGCAUGCUUCAGAUGAUGAUUCUGAUUAUCAUAAAGACUACUCCAAGAAUAAGACACGAGAAGGGAAGCGACAUUCAAAACUGAGCAAACGUCGUGAUUCUGAGGAGGAAUCUGAUGAUAAUGAAGAAAAGAAAUAUAGUAGACUUGAGAAGGAGAAGGCAAUGAAGCGUAAUUCUGAUGAUGAGGACUCUGGUAAAGGUGGUGGUAGGCGUGUUUUGGGAAAGGACAGAUUUGUUAGAAGGGGGUCAUACUCUUCUUCUGACAAGAGUAGCAGUGACAGUGAUUCAUACAGCGAUUCUAGUGAUCACAGAUAUGAAAAAACGAGAAAAGGGGGGGAUGCUGUAUCAAAGAAAGGUAAAGGAUAUGGCAUGGAAGAAAAUAAAUUCAGAGAUGAAGCCAGAGGUAGUGGUGCUGAAAAAGGGAAUGGUGCUAAUGUUGAUGCAUUGGACUCACUAAAAAAGUCAUAUGGCAGAGAUUUUACUGAGGGAUCAAAUAGGAGAAGCCGAGAAAUGACACAAGGUAACAGGAAAAUUGACGGAGACAGAGACAGGGAGCCUUUCACAUUGGCCAAGCAUGAUGGAGAUGAUAGGAAAAUUGAGUCUGAAUCUAAAUCUAGAAUGUACCGAAAUGAUGAUCAAGAAAGAGAUGGUUAUUCUAAAUCAGCUAGGCAUGCAGGGCGUGAUGAUGAUGCCUCUGAGAAGAGAGGUAGAAAUUAUAAUAAGGAUGUUGAAUCACAUUUUGUUGGUCGAACUGCUCGCUAUGCUGAGGAUCAUGAAGCAAGGAGGCACAAAAGAGAUGAUAAUCAUAGGGAGCAUGAGCAUAGAAGGGAUAAGGAUGACCGUGGAGAAAGAAAGCGUGGAAGGGAUGAAUAUGAUCUUACAGGAAGAAAGUACUCUAGGGGUGGGGAUGAUCUUGGAGAAAGAAAGCAUUCAAGGGAUGAAGAUGAUUCUAAAGAAGGGAAACACAAAAGAGAUGAGGAUGGACAUGGAGAUGACUAUAUAGGAAGAAAGCGCUCAAGGGAUGAGGAUGGGCAUGUAGAACAAAAGAACUUAAGGGAGGAUGAUCAUAAGGAAAAAAAUCACUCAAAGGAUGAAGAUGGUCGUGGUGAAAGGAAGCACAGAAGGGAUGAUGAUGGUGACAAAGAAAGAAAGCAGCGCAGAAGGGAUGAUGAUGAUCAUGAAGAAAGAAAGCAGCGCAGAAUGGAUGAUGAUGAUCAUGAAGAAAGAAAACAGAACAGAAGGGAUGAUUAUGGUCGUGGAGAAAGAAAGCACAGGAGGGAGGAGGAAGAGCGGGGAAAUAAAGGUUAUGAGAGGGAUAGCCGUGGAGAUUACUCCAAAAGAGCCAGAUACUAGGUUCUCUGUUCAAGUGAGAGAGGCGAUGAUAGUGACUCAUGAACUGUGAUCCAAACGUUGAGAAUGCUUAUUUGCUGCUUUAAUGUUUUUUGAAUUAGAUGUGUCAGUUGUCUUGUACUUUGCUUUUGAAGGAUGUAAUGUGUUUGAAAUAUUUUUCAUGCGUGCUUGUUUCAAAUUGUGUUAUGCGAUGAGACUAUGACUGGUAAUAUUUAAAAAAAGAAAAAUCUACUGCAGGUGUUGUAUAUUUGCAAGA